AUGGGGGUUUGGGCAAUCGCAGUAGUAACAGUCUUUUCUCUUGGCGUAUUUAUUAAUAUCGUCGUAGAGAAUUUAACAUCACCUUUACAAAAACCACCAUCUAAUGAAAAUGAAGAAGACAAGAAUGAUUUUGACGACCAAUAUUGUGAUAAUUCCACACAAAACGAAAGUGAUUAUUGGACGGAUUUGGCUGAAUAUAUGAGUAUUAUAGAAGAAAGAGUUGCAUUUGUAUUCUUUUCUGUGGUAAGCGAACCAUCAACGCCUUCGUGUUCUAUGGUACCUCCUCAGUGCAACUGUUCCCAAGACGAAGAUACCGAUUCGGAUAUAUCGGAUGAUUAUUCAGAUUUGGGUGAUAUUGAUUAUUAUUUUAAGGACUAUGAUUGGAGUCAUGAAAGUAUUGAUGUUCAUGAAUAG